CUCGGCUCUCGGCCCCCCUCCCUCUCUCGUACGAUUCUUCUCGUGUCCCGCGGCGAGAGGCAGAGCCCUCCGCGAGGAGGGAGUGACAGAAAGACAAUUCUCGGGCAGCGUAGAUCGCCAGAGCUCAAUCGGAGGCCAGAGGCGCUGAGAAAGAAGAAGAGCAGCAGAGAGACAGAGAGAGAGAGAGAGAGAGCGUUGGGAAGCUUUAGCUCGGCGGGCGGGUGCGUAGUAGAGGAGGAUCGGUGGCGGGAGGGGUCGGUCGAAAGCAGAAGCAGAAGCAUGAUGCGUCGGUUUUGGUACGAGUGUAAGGGUUGUAAUGCGAAUGUGUGGCCAAUGCGAGUGUGAAUCGGAUGGUGGUGGAGUCCGAGGGCGAAUUGGCUUGGCGCCGAGCAGGGCCGACAGAUGAAGGAGCAAGAAUUGGUGGUGGUGGUCAGGCCGCGCCUCGAGCAAGAAUUGUCGAUGGCAUUUUUGUAGCCAAACGAGCGAGCGGUGCGUGGUUUGGGAUGGAAUUUGGGCGUAGGACAGGCCGCGCGCGGAAGGUGUAAUUACGGGGAGGGAGUCGUCCUCCUUCUUUUUGUUCCGUCUUUUCUUUAGUUUUUAUUGCCUUCCGGAAGGUGAUGAUUGAGCGAGCCCGGCAGGCAGGCAGAGGCAGAGGCCGAGCGGGAGGACAAUCCGUCGUCGUGGCCGGCGAGGCCGCAGCAGAGCCCGAGUUGCUGGCUCCCCGGAGGCCGAGAUCACGAUGGUUUGGCGCUGGUAGAAUGGGAUUCCGCCGACGGUGCUGGGUUCGGAGCGAGGGUGUUGGUUGGUCGGGUGCGUGCUGAGAUUCUGCGUAGUCGCAUCGAUCUGCGCUCCUCUUGCCCGGCAGCCGAUGUGCAUCUGGACGUAGGACUUUUGUGGUCUGACAGGCAGCAGCUCUCGAGCCCUAAGCUCUCAGAGCUCUCCGGGCACAGGGAUCUUGUGCCGAUGAUGGAGUGAGGGAGUCAGACGGCACACGAGGCAGUAUAAUUGCGUGUGGAUCUUGGCGCUGUUGCUACACCAUGCUUCUAUGACGAUGUCCGACCAGAAUCCUCAGAUUUGAACCAUCGACGCUUGCAUUCGAGGAUCUUCGCUCUGCUCUAUGUGCCCGGACUCGGCGAGGACAAGGAUGGUCAGUGGAUGAUGCCCGAGCAUUGAUCGCGUUUAUCGUUCGAGAACGCAGUCGUUCAAUUCUGUCCUCGUGCCCGGCCGCAGUGAGAACCAUGUACGCAGGAAUGGAAGUCGUUGAAGUGCUGCAUUUGGUCUUCGCGCGCCUACCGGAGAAAGAGCUCGGAGUUUCUUGCUGCGUGUGCCGCUUGUGGCGCGAAGUAGCUGAAGGCGAGCAUUUGUGGAGGACUCUAUGUAGCGAUAGAUGGCCAGGCUGCAUGAAGAAGGAUGCGCGGAAAGUUAUCGAGGCCAUGGGUGGCUUCCGGGCAUUCUUUUCUCGGCGAGCUCUGGCAAUGAGCCGACCUCCCAAACAGCUGCCUCCCCGCCCGUGGCUCCGGUUGGAGCAUCUGACGUUUUUCGUUGAUUUAACCUACAAUGGCAUACCUGUGAUAUCCGAGGUUUUGUCAGGAAGUAAUAUCAAUCAGGCCUUCAGCAUGGGCUUGCAAAUUGACCCAUCUGUGAUGACGGACUCCAUACUGCCGAGACAAGCUCUCACGCCCUUGUUUUAUCAAGGCCAGUUGUACUAUGAAAAACCAUUCCAAACCAUGCACACAUCCAAGUAUUGGCUGAAUUGGAGUGUGGUGCGCAGCACUGACCACAAAAUGGUCUGCUUGCUGCACAGUGCACCCGUCCCGGAUGGCGUCCUUCCGUGGGAGGAGGAAGAAGGCGAGGACGGAGGGGAUGAGUACUGUCUUCCGCUGCUGUUCCAAGCUGAGCUCGUCGGUGAUGCAAUUCUUUCCACGGGUUCACUUCGUCAGCCUCCUCUAUUGACUUUCGCGUGCUUAGAUUGCCGCCCGGUUUGGGGAGAUAGUCUGAGCGAUCCUAUGCGUUUCGAGUUGGUAGAACUCCAGUUGGGAGUGUGGAAGCGGGACGAGAAAUGUGCUCCACCAAUUGAGAGAGUUCUGCUGACUUUACAAGAGCUGGAUUGGAAGUGACCGCUUGUAAGCGACUGGAGUCUUUUGUACAUGUGUUUGUUGAGGUCUUCUAGAUGGUACGAGGAGGAGGGUGUCCGUACGCGGGCUCGCGAGUGCUACCGCUCAUUGAUGGAUCUCUUCGAGGGUGCGACGACCUUCGAGUCGGAGUAGAGGCGAUCCAAAGUCUUGUACGUCAGGCGGUGACAUGACUCGAGCAGUUAUCCCUUCUACCUUACGCUGGUUUAGGUAGGCUAUAGGACUGUACAAUAUGGAUCUACAGAUUCAGUUAGAACAAAGCACGUGGUGUUUUUGUGGCCUUUAUUAGCCUGCCGGGUCCAAUUUUCCUAAGGGGCAACGGUAUGCAACAGUUGCAGUGUUGUAACAUGUGUCGGGGUUUAGUCAUUAGUGCUCUCUCCCCCCUCUGGUGUUCUCGAGCAGAGAAUUCCCAUGGGAGGUUUGGGUCUUCAUGGCUUCGUACCCACGUCACACAUCACUAUCAGAAGCUUAGCCACUUGAGCUAGACGCCUUAAUUACAGCCAGAGUAGAAGUUAGACUCGGAUCUGUACUUCAGGAAGAAGAGACCCGGACUCUUUCAAACCCUUUGACGAGGGUAUCGUUCCCGGUCGACUUGAAGUAGGAUCGGUGUAGAUCAGAAGUCCACCCGAGACUUUUUGUUCGUGUAGAUUGCCGUCCCCAUGUCAUUGCUGCUGAGAUUUUGCUCUGCACCUGGACUGUGGACAAGUGAGAAGUUAGCUAUGCAUGAAGGACAACGCUGCGGUAGAACUCAUGGUACCAUCUCACCUUCAGCACUUGGAUUGUUAUGGGGUUUUUCUAGAUUCGCUCAUAUCCAUUCGGACAGAAAUCAAAGUCUCCAAAGAUAUAUAUCAUUCACGAAGGCGACCACGUUGAAGCUCUGAUGUUCUUUUGCUUGGAAUUUGAAGUACCGUGUCUUGAGUAUUAUAAAACUUCAUUGUCGUUAGG